AUGUCUAAUUGGCAUCAACACAUUGACUGGCUCAACGUCACAUUCAUAAUUUUCGUCCCAUUGAUUGGCCUUGCUUCGGCUUACAUGUACCCUGCGCACUUGUACACAAUCAUCUUUGCCGUCGUCUAUUAUUUCAACGCCGGCCUUGGUAUCACUGCAGGCUACCACCGCCUCUGGGCACACUCAUCAUACAAAGCGACCCUCCCGCUUAAGAUAUACCUCGCCGCUUGCGGCCUCGGUGCCGCGCAAGGGUCUAUUCGCUGGUGGUCCCGGGGUCACCGUGCGCACCACCGAUACACCGACACCGACAAGGAUCCCUACUCGGUCAAGAAGGGCUUCUGGUACUCCCACCUCGGCUGGAUGGUGAUGAAGCAGAACCCGAAGCGCAUCGGCCGCUCCGACAUCACCGACCUCAACGAGGAUGCCGUCGUCGUCUGGCAGCACCGGCACUAUAUACCCGGCGUGCUGCUCAUGGCGCUCGUCCUGCCGACCGUCGUCUGCGGCCUCGGCUGGGGCGACUGGCGCGGGGGCUUCAUCUACGCCGGCGUCCUGCGCGCCAGCUUCAUCCAGCAGGCCACGUUUUGCGUCAACUCGCUCGCGCACUGGCUGGGCGAGCAGCCCUUUGACGACCGCAACUCGCCGCGCGACCACGUCGUGACGGCGCUGGUGACGCUCGGCGAGGGCUACCACAACUUCCACCACGAGUUCCCGUCCGACUACCGCAACGCGAUCCAGUGGUGGCAGUACGACCCGACAAAGUGGGCGAUCUGGACGUGGAAGCAGCUCGGCCUCGCGUCGGAGCUGAAGCAGUUUCGGCACAACGAGAUUGAAAAGGGCCGCGUGCAGCAGCUGCAGAAGAAGCUGGACGAGAAGCGCGCCGCGCUGGACUGGGGCGUCCCCAUUGCCGACCUGCCGGUCAUUUCGUGGGACGACUUUGUAGAGCAGGCCCGGGAUCAGGGCCGGGCGCUGACGGCGAUCAGCGGCGUGGUGCAUGAUGUUGCUGGUUUUAUCGGCGAGCAUCCUGGUGGCAAGGCGCUCAUUUCCUCGUUUGUGGGCAAAGACGCGACGGCGGUGUUUAACGGAGGUGUGUACGAGCAUUCGAAUGCGGCGCAUAAUUUAUUGUCGACGAUGCGAGUCGGUGUCAUUCGUGGUGGCGGCGAGGUGGAAAUUUGGAAGACUGGUGCUGAAGAAAAGGCCAAAUUGGGAGCAGCAACUUCAUAG